AUGAGCGGAUUAAAGUUUCCAAGACAAUCGGAGGAAUCUUUUGCCACAAGCUCUUCUCGAAAAAGCUCAUCAGAUGAAAGCUCUUCCGAAGUGGAAUCAGAAAUGGAAAAACAACCAGAAAAACUAAUAGAAAAACCAGUGGAGAAACCUAUUGAAAAACCUCCAACACCAAUUGUACAGGAAAAUUAUGUUUCAUUGUUCCAAAAUACUGAAGCGCUUAAUCGUGUCUUUGCAAAGAGCAAGGAAGUCUCACAAAUUCCUGAUUUUUGGUUUUACACACCAACCUUUAUACCGAUGACUCAGUGGGAACAGCCUAACACUUCAAAGUUCAAUUGUCCAAAUUAUGGGACUUUGGACACUUUGAGCUUUAAUACUUUAACUAGUAGCUAUAAUUCAAUAAGGCAAAAUUGCCCUUUAGUGGUUUUGGAAAAGAAGAAAUUUUGUAAUCCUGUACCAUUUAUUGAUUCAUUUAACAAAUAUUAUGGAGAAAAAUAUAAGACCAUGUUGGCCGAAAACAUGAGACAAGAAGUUAGACAGCGAGAGUUUGAGGUUGAUAAAGUGCUCAACUAUUUGAAGCACAAACGAGAAAAGGAAGGUUCAAGAACAUCCAAUAAUGAGGGGAAACACAAAUCUAAAACAUCUAAGGCCUUUUCCCUUGUAACACAUGGAAAACCAUCAUCUGAUACAUCCAAGAAAGCAAAAAUUAAGGUGGAUCCAAAAAAGAAACUUAAACCAAAAGCAAAACCUGAAGUUGAAAAGAAGCAACCUACCCUUUUCGAAACAGUUAAACCUUCAUCUAAAUCCGAAAAGAAACCAUUUGAUGUGGAACAGAUUCCAACCUCUGACAAGCUGAAGAGCUCGUCUGAUUUAAACAAUGCUCCUGCUAUUACAUCUCGUUCAUCUUCAAAGAGAUCAAUUUCAAGAGCAGAUUCCCCUAUCACUACUACCAAUUCCAGACCUGUUUCUCGAACUGGACAACUUAAUGAUGCUCCAAAGAGAGAAACGCCUGAUCCAAGAGUGAACAAGUCUCGAUCUCUUACCUCUUCCCCUGUAUUUCAAUUCGAACCAAGUUAUGUUAUGGAUGUUAAGAAACCAGUUGAUGUGAAAAUAUCAGAAUCCAGAACAGCCAUAAUAUCCCUACUUGCAGACAGCUCUAACACCGACUUUGUAAAAACAAUGAAUCAUCUAGGACCACUGCUGGAAGAAACAGUACAAAAGAAGGAAGAAGAAUUAGAAAAUAUUUCCGCCCUCUACGCUUUGAUGAAAUCUAUGGAAAAAAAGAAUGUGGAACAAUAUAGAAGUAUAUGUCAGGCUAUUCUAUCCAACAAUAUUUUCUUGGACUAUUUAAAAGCAACAAUAACCAAUAUUUCUUUGAACUUUCCAGAAGUAUUCCAAUUUAUAAUGAAAAUUGUAAGAAAGCUUUGUGAAUAUUCGUUCCAAAUUUUGGGGCAAUCAUCAGUAACUGGAAUUCACCAUCUCUUGAAAUUCAUCAAGAUUUCUGUCAUUAAUAAUAGAUUGCAAGAAUUGGGAUUUUCUGACUGUAUCAUUGAAAAAAUGGAUGCCCUUAAUGAUCACCUCAAACAAUUGCAGGAUGACUCAAGCCCUGUCCAACCAAACGAAAACUCUUCCUCUCCAGACCAUGUUCCUGAAAAAGCUAUAUAUAAUAUUAUGAGGGAUAUGUUCCAUUCUGUGACAUGUAUAUCCUUCUGUAGCACAGAGGUGAGGACGAAGCUCCUCAUGAAUACUCCAUUUUUUGGAAUUACCUCAAGUAUUUUCAAGAUGAAAAGAGCUCCAAUUUUGAAAACAAAUGUCUUACUGUGUUUGGAAAAAAUAAUUUUAUCGGGUACCAGAUGCAAUGAUAAUGAGGAAUAUCAUGACGAUAGCACAACAAGUAUUCUUUUGGAUAUGGGAUUAAUGAGCCUAAUUAUUGCAGAUUACAACUCUUUGACCAUCAAGGUGAGAAAAAGCUCAAACCAAAAGAAAAAGAAGCAAGCUAUCAGUUUAAAACAGGCGUUAUAUCAGUUGAUCAGAGCCCUCUCGUUUCAUGAAAAAGCGAGAGAAGAAAUGUACAAAACAGGUUUUUUCCAUAAUUUACUAUCUGUUAUGAAAGAGCUAGGAGCCAAUGGAGAGGAAUUUGUUGAGGAAGAUGUCAAUACCCUAAAGGGGUUGAUUCUUGAAGCCAUUUCAAAUUUUGUUCCCUCUUCAAGUAUUCACAGGGAUAGUUUAAUUCUGAAAUAUAUUUUCGAUACUGUUGUUGAAAUGUUCAUUUCAGUGCCUGUAACUGCAACCACUAACCUUUUACUCGAGACAAGAACACUACACAUUCUUUCACAACUUAGCGACUAUACAAGAACCCACCAAAUUAUUUAUGAAGCUAGAGUAGUAGAGCAUGCUUUUAAUCUCCUUCAAAGGGAUCUCAAUCAACAGCAGGUCCCUCCAGAUCAGGGAGCCUUUGUUUUUUCAAUGACUUCCUCAACAUUCCUUAGCAUGCUUCUAAUGAGCAACCUCAGUAAAUACAAGGAAGGACAGCGGCAUAUUUAUGAUAACGGUCUCAAUCCAAUAAUACGAUUACUUAAACUGUCUUCCUCCAUAUCAGAGUACAAGUCAAAAUUAGAGGCUGCCAAAACAGAAAUGAAUAUUAUAUUUACUCCUUUUGCUAUGAGUUUUGAUGAAUAUGAGCUUUUACCUAAAGUAAUUAGCAGAACAUUGGCAAAUAUAAGCACACUUCCAGAAAGUCAUUUUACUUUUUUCAAAGAAAUAUUUCUGGAUUCAUUGGCAUCAAUGAUUUUAUGCAUGAAUGGUGAGAGGACUGUAAUAUGGAACUGUCUUUGUACACUCUCUAACCUUUGUGAAGCUGAUACUAUGCUCCAACGAAAGCUUAUUUCAAAGAGUGCAAUAAGAGACUGUUUGUUAAAAUAUUUAUUAGAGAAUGAUCACAAACUUCAAAGUAGAUCCAUUCGGUGUAUAUCAAAGCUGGCUAGAAAUGAAUCAAUUUUGACUCAGAUUCAUGACACGUUCAAGAUUUCAAAUAUUGUUCGGGCUAUGGAAACCAAUUCGAUGGAUGAAUGUAAAUUGGAUGGUUUAAGGAUUUUAUUCCAUUUUUCUCAAUUUGAACAGUUUCAUCCAUCUUUCCUCAAGUCUGGAGCAAUUGAAUUUAUGGUCAAAAUAACUCAUUCAUCAGUAGAAAGUAUUGUUGUUGAAAGUUUGAAGAAUUUAUUGAAUCUAAUAUUUGCUAAUGACAAGAGCAUUAAGGAUACUUUGAUACAGGCAGGCACAGUAGAUCGCCUUUGGGAAUUAAAGAAAUGUGAGAAAAGCUCUGAAAAGGUGAGAAGAUUAUGUCUAAGUGCAUUGAAAGCAAUGUAA